AUGCGAACUCUGACGGCAGCAGCGACGGCGCCUCCAGCAGCUAAUUCACACAGCGCAGCCAACGCCUACCAACAGCAGCAGCAGCAGCAGCAGCAGAUUACGUGGACUAGUGCCGGCUAUCGACGUCAUCAUCUGCCACAGUCGCAGCCGCAGCCGCAGCCAACGUUAUCCUUAUCGCCAUCAUCGUCGUCAUCGUCGUCAGCAGCAUCGUCAUCAUCACGCCAUCAUCAAGCGCAUUAUCAGCCGACGGCGUUGCUGCCAUUGCUGCCGCCGCCACCGCUGCAAUCGAUUGUCGUGUUUUUGUCUGGGGACUUUUGCAAGGCACGUUGCCAUUUGGGAAACUCAUCUACAACAACUUGUAACACGUCCACCGCACCCAACACGAGGCAAGGCGCUCAGCGCCCAAAGAGGAGGGGAGAGCUCCUGCCACCAAGGGGUCAACACGGUGGGCUGGAUGACCCGAACCGGAGAAAUCUCUGCGAUUCAAGGGUCAAGUGGUACCUACAGCAGGGACUCAGUCCCGAUGAAGCCCUGAAAAAGAUGAAAGAGCCCAGGGAGGAGGUUGCAGCACCCGCGCCAGCCUCGAAAAGGCGGAGCAGCAGUCUCACACAUCCGGUGGCCACCCCCAAGAGGAUGUGCUCGGGGGUUGUGAGCGCUGCCCGCGGCUCGGCAGCGGCAAAGGUGCUGAAGAACAAUGGGGCAGGUAAUCUGGACCUGCGCCCAAGCACAUCGCGUGCAGCGGCCACGAAGCCCAGCUCGCCGACACCCACCGAGCCUCGCCUGUCCUAUGCAGACAUGGCAAAAAAGGUAAAGGUGGCUGUGUUGCCCGUGGGCUUCCCACGGGUCAUGCUCAGUCACGGAGAUUUAUCUGUGUUGGAAGAGGCCAUCAUUGACGAAGUCAUUGCGUCUGAUGGAGAUGUCACGGUCUCAUUCGUGGGCAUUCACUUCCGGGUUGGAUUCCUGGUAAUUGAAUGCUCCGAUGAGACCUCAGCCGAUUGGCUAAGGAUCGCAACUUCGAGGCUACAAUCGUGGAAGGGCCUCAAGGGGCACGAGUGCAAGGUGGGGGACGACAUACCGUCGCCCCACUGUAUCACGCUGUUCUGCCCCAGGAGUGCAGUUCGGUCUACCGAAUCCCUGUUGGUUCUGCUGAGGAACCAGAACAGGAUCGAGACCGACACCUGGAAGAUGAUCUCCAGGAGGAACGAGGGUGGAGAAGCCCUCCUGGUGAUCGGGAUAGAUGAACUAUCCAAGAAUGUAAUUGUGGAGAAGGGGCACCAGGUCUUCUUCCGUUACGGGACCAUCCCCGUAAGCGGACUGAAGAAGAAGACUGGAGAAAGGCCCCAACCUGCUCCAACGGGCAGGGAGGAUGUCUCGGUGGGCAACACCACCACAUCGGACACUCCUGCCCCGGAGCAGGGCAGUCCGACUGCGCAGCCCACCGACCCGUCGGAGGACCUCGAAGAUGACGAAGAACUGGCAGAUGCGACGCUCUGCCAGGAGGAGAUGCUGGGGGACGACGAUAUCCCCAUGUCCUCGCAGGAGCUGGAGGAGGAGCUGCAGGAUGCAGCUGCAGCUGACGUCACUAUGUCGAGCAGCGGUGACGGGGACGGCUCCGGGCACCAUUCACCGUGUCAGCUGGAGCCUCCCCAGAAGUAG